AUCAAGGUCGGUGGACUCAACUGAGUUCUGUUUAUACGGACUCUAGAUAUACCCGCUGGCGUUAAACGAUGACGUCAUAUAAGUUUGACCUUUAUUUUAACCACGAUUUCAACGUAAAUAAAUUUUAAUAGAUGACAGCACAACGACAAAUGACAUCUGACAGACAGCUGAUUACGAGAUACGAGAUUCCAUUUGAUAUGUAAUUUUUUUAUAUUAUUGUUCUUUAUCUAAAAUUGUAUGUGAAAUUUCUCUUAAAUGUAAUUCAGUUCAGUUAACAUAACAGUGGCUUGUCUAAGUUUUUGAAGCAAAAAUGUCGCACUAUAGUGACGCUGAAGAUUCUAUUAUGGAGCUGGAUAAUACUGAUGUGGUACUAAGAAAAAGAAGACCUAUUGGUUGGGAUUUUGAAACUGAUUCGAUAGCCUCUGAAAUAAAGGAUUUAUUAGAUGAAGAUGACAAUUCAUUGUUAUCCAAUAAUUAUCUACAGAAAUACUUAAAGGAUAUAUUGGAUGAAGAUGUCAACUCUUUGGUGGAAGAGGACUGCGUUGGCUGUCCUUUACCUUCCACCCCGGAAGAUGAACACAUUUUGGAUUCAGAGAUGAGUGACGUUUUGAAAGCUGCUGUUCUAGGUACAGGAGAUGAAUUAGACAUUACAGCUUUGGCUCACAACGCAGCCUCACAAGCGGAGCAUGUUGUGCGUAAAAUGAUACAGGCUGGAUGGUCCGUAUGCCACUUUAGAAAUCUCCCCGGAUGGUUGCAAGACAAUGAUUUUCUUGUGUUCGGCCACCGACCUCCACUACCUAGUUUCCGGGCAUGUUUUAAAAGUAUCUUCAGACUUCACACCGAAACUGCCAACAUCUGGACGCAUCUCUUAGGCUGUGUGGCGUUCAUAGGUAUUGCAAUCUACUUCCUGAUGCGACCCAGUGCUGAAAUAGAAGUGCAAGAGAAGAUAGUUUUUGGAGCUUUUUUCGCAGGCGCUAUAAUUUGUCUUGGAAUGUCGUUUAUGUUCCACACUGUCAACUGUCAUUCGCAAUUCAUAGGCAAAUUAUUUUCUAAAUUAGAUUAUUGUGGAAUUGCUCUGUUGAUUAUGGGUUCAUUUGUGCCAUGGCUGUAUUACGGGUUCUACUGCCAUUUUAGACCGAAAGUCGUCUACUUAUCUGUAGUUUGUGCUCUAGGAAUAACUAGUAUCAUGGUGAGCCUUUGGGAUAAAUUUUCAGAAUCAGGAUGGCGGCCAUUCCGUGCCGCUGUCUUUAUGACUUUUGGUUUGAGUGGAAUUGUACCGGCUAUUCAUUAUGGCAUAGUAGAAGGUUGGUUUAAUUAUGUUAGUCAAAAAUACCUUGGCUGGCUGGUACUGAUGGGUAUGCUUUACAUCGUGGGUGCAAUGUUCUACGCUCUUCGAGUGCCUGAAAGGUGGUUCCCCGGUAAAUGCGACAUCUGGUUCCACUCGCAUCAAAUAUUCCAUGUAUUCGUAUUAGGCGGCGCACUCGUACACUAUCAUGGCAUCUCAGAAAUGGCCAUGCACCGAGUCACUAUAGGUCAAUGCGAAAUGCCCGAGACCCCCAUUUAUUGAUAAGUAGAUCUUUUAGGGAAUUUUUUUAUGUUGCGGGGAGGGGUAGGAAAUAAUUUAUACUUCAAAUUUAUAUUUAAAAAUUAAUCUGGUUGUUUUUAAUUGAUAUUUAUUUACUAGACCAAAAGUUAUUAUAUAAUACAGGAUAAUAAAGUGUGUAACUGUCUUUUUAUUUCUUUGUAAUUGUGAUUAUGUCCAAAAAUAUUUUAAAAACAAAAAAAAAUGUUAAAUAAAAUUAGUUUAAAAAAUAUUGGAAUACUGAUAGAUGUCCUUUAAAACUGAUACCGCAAAUUUUGGCAAAGAGACCAAGGUGUCUUUAAUAUUUUUUAAAAUAAACAUUAUUAUAAAAAAUUCGUUAAAAAUAAAUUAUAUGUGGUUCAUACUAAAAUUUACGGUAGUCAAUAUACUAUAAUGAAACUUAUUAUUUUAGUUUGCUUUUGACAUUUUUUCUUUUAAUUACCAAAGAAGUUUGUAGCUGAGUCAAUAGAUCUAUGCAAAGAUGAGAGGCUUCAUGAAUAUAAAAUUCUAUUCAAAUCCUCCCAUCGCUGAUUCACUGCAGGAUUAACGUACUUAUUAUGUAUUUGAAGAAUGUAUAAACAAUCUAAAAAAUAUAUUAUAUGCAUUAUUUGUUUUACAUUGUAUUUUGAUUAUACGGGAACACUCCUUUAUGUAGAAUCCUGUAGAAAAAUAUAUCCUUAAUCGGCAUAAGGAUAAAAAUGCCGAAUUAAAAAUUAAUUUGAUUUCAAAAAACAGUGAAUGUCGCCAACAGGUAAUAAAAAAUUUACAGAUUCGGUAAAAAUGUAAUACAAGGCCAGUAUUCAACGUUAACAUAAAGGAACCUAAUAAUAUAUACAAGAAAUAUACUUCAAUAUCUCUCCUAUCAUAUCUCGUUUUGGCUUUUGACUACCAAUAAACUAUUGCAGCAGGGGACUGCUAUUACAUUUUCUAUCCCUUUCGUGAAUUGAGGACUUGCAUACAUUUCUUACCGAAUUUAUUUAAUAUUAAAAUAAAUGGUGUGUUACUAACAUUGCAAUAUUUGAUCGUCUUAGAUUAGUAACAAAAUUAAAAUUGCUUUACCUUAUUUUAAGUGAUUUUUAGCAUUAAGAAAUUAUUUUCUUGGCAAUCUAAAUUUGAAAAUGCUCUUUAUAUUUAUGCUUUAAACAAAAACUGCUAUAGGUCAUUCACUGAAUUUACACCCAUAUCGGAUUAAGAAAUAAAUGAAAGAUUUGACUGGUCAGUUGUAUUUUAAACAUUUACUCAUGGGUGGCGUUAUUUUGUAUAUUGCAAGCGGUUCUUAUAGAAACAAAAUAAAAAUAAAUUUUAGUUAUUUAAUUUUGCCUCAGAAAGCUUAAAAGAGAUAGUUACAUGAUUUUGUUGUUUAAUAAUAGUUUAUUUAGAACAAAAAUUUUAAUUUACAUACACAGUUUUACCCUGUGAUUAAGUAAGUACGAUGAUUAAAAAUAACAUAACUUUUAAAAUUCUAUAUUAAACAGUGAUUAUUAUAAAUAAUUGUCUUUUGACAUACCUAUAAAUCUUCAGCAUCACUCUCAAAAUUUGUGUCACUAGUGUCAUCAUUAAAGAUAUAAUUAUAGGGUUAAUUUCUUUUAUCCUGUGUCCACCAGUCGUCAAUUAAUUUAUCACAUUUUUGCCAAAUUUCUGGGGUUGAUGUAUCCACUGCUUGUUUCCAUAUUUCCCUUACUGCUUCGUCGCUGUAACCAUUAAUUCCAAUAUGAUUGUCAUAAUACGUUUUAUUUAUAGCCCAAAUGUGUUCGAUGGGGUUAAACUGACAAUGGUACGGUGGAAGCCAUAACACAUCAUGUCCAUAACUAUGUACGACUUGAUCUACCAUAUAAAUUGGUGGUGGUUCAUGUCGUUUGGCUAAAGUUACAACUCAGAUUUAAGGGCGUAUUGUGGAAAUGCAACAUUUUCGUUACGUAGCCAUUCUUGUAUUUUGGCUACAGUCCAAUUCUGUCUUGGCGGUUUGUUUAAAAGUUCUGUGUGAUAGCUCGCAUUAUCUAAUACUAUAACAGACGGUUCACUUAAAUUUGGUAAUAGUUUUUCAUUUAACUAUCUGAGUUCAUGUUAUCGUGGUAGUCUUCUGAUUUUGAUUUAGAGGAAAAUAUUAAUCCUGCACCAUCUACAAAUCCAUUCUUUCCACCUGCGUGCAAGAUUAUGUGUCGCUUUCCCUCACCAUUAGUAUGUUUUAUUGAUUUUAUAUUUGCAUCUUGCCAUAUUCUUUUCGUCCCACUGAUGUCCAAAUGAUGGUGGGUGAGGUUUUCCGGGUUUUCCUCACCUGUAAGUCAAAUGGCACCAUCAAUCAUCUUUAAGUCGCCCCGGAGCGCCACGGCAAAUAAUAAUAAUAACCGUCCCUUCCCCUACACAAGUCGUUCAGUCGACUUCAGGGGUUGAAAUUCACUCGUAAGGGGGUGAAUUAGGGAGAGUAUUAUUAUUAUUACUUUUGGAAAAUAUCCAGGUUUCAUCCAAAUAUAUAAACGAAGCUCCAUUCUCUUUUAAACGAGUGUAUUCUCUUAAAAAAUGUAUUCUUUUGUGAACAACAUUAUUUUUUUCACAUAAAGCUUUUCUAUUAUCUUCUUUCUUAAAUUUGAAACCUAUUUCCUUAAACAACUUCCAAAGACUUGUUCUGCCAAAUUCACCAACUUGUAUUUGUCUUAAGUCAGCCAGCAAUGUGUCUAAGUUGACAUGUUCCUUUUUCGCACGCAUUUCAUACACCAUAUCACGAAUACGAAAUUUUGUCCCACCAGAUAUAUCCGAGGUUUUCAGUUUUUUGCGAGGUGUGUAUUUUUUCUUUUUUUUUGCUCUCUCCGCUUUUGAUGUUUUUCAAACCAUAUUUUAAUUUUGAAUCAUUAAUACGGAAAGCUGUACAGACGCGUUGAUGCACACUCACUACUGGCUUUAAAGGUCCUCCGUUAUCUUUUUCCGCCGUAAAAUACUUAUGUAGAUUACAAAUUAAGUCAUCUACACGUAACAAGCGCUUCGGCAUUUUCAGUUUCGACAUACGUUCUCUUCGAAAUCUAAAACUGAACUAAAUAAUUUAGCGCAAUUAGUCCUAUAACAUCAGUACAAAAAUAGAACAUUUAAUCUUAAUUUUUUACCUGAGAAGGGGACUUCCGGAAAUUCCUGACCAUAAAGCGUUUAUUGUAUUCGGGGAAAAUGGUAUUACCAUAAACAAUGUCCAAAACAAAAUUAUAAAUAUUUUCAUUUUUUCGUGUAUUACUUUAGUAAUUUAAUUUUAAUAAACAUAAUUACAUACUACAUAAUUAUUUAAUAUUUAAAAUAUUAUCACCCUCUACCCACCGGAGGACUACGCUUAUUUUACUCAACUACCUGAUGCGAAAUUAUCCUGUAGACCGGCUCAGUCGUGGAUAUGUUUCUUAAUCCGAUAUGGGUGUAAGUUCAGUUAAUGACCUAUACGUUGAGCACCCUUAUACAUAAAUUAAAUUUAAUUUUUAGGGGUAAAGACAUAUUGGAAAUUGGUAUGUAUUUAAUAUUUCUUUAUCGUUUCUUAUUUAAUAUUUAUCGCUAUAACAUACUUUGAAUAAAGUGAAAUAAAGGAAAUCUUUUUUGUGAAAAUUUUAAUGCUAACAAAAUGUCUUGUUUUAUUUUAUCAUAAUUUUAAUAGUGAUAUCAUGUAUGAUAUUUUAAAAAUAAAGUAAUUUACAAAGUUAAAAGUGCAACAAAGUGUAUGUAAGUAAACCUUAAAAUUGACAAAAAAAAGAACUCUUAUGCAUUACCCCUUCCUAUUUGCAUCGUUUUUAUUAUUAUAUCUCUAAAUUUAAAUAAUUUGUUAUUAAUAUUUCUUUAAUAUUAAAUUAAAAUACAGAAAAAAAGACUACUUAUCAUUACCCAUAAUUAAUAAAAAAAAUAUAUAUUUUUUGCUAUUGUGUACUAUUAUUGGUAGAAUUUAAAACAUAUAUAUUAGAAAUUAAUAUAUUAUAAGAUUUUCUUUCAUUAGGAGGGUAAAUAAUUUUCAGAAGUGAAUUUCGCUAUAAAUGUAUUUAUUUAAUGUACAGUAUGAUUAUAAAACCAAAGUAAAAAAAAAAUAUAAAAGGCUUUUUGUUAAUAUUUCUCGAUUCUCGAUGAAUUUGGUCCUCUAAUUCAAAUAAAUCUUGUGUCGAAAAUAUUUAUUCAAAAACUAAAAGGUUGCUUAAUCUUAAUUCAAUUAUUAAAAUUAUUUUUAAGUAAAGCCCGAUUUUUUCAUUGGUUCUUUAAAAAGUCUUCAGACAAUGUUUAAUAUUAAGAGUUUAGAACUAUCAAAAAUUAUACCAUAGAAUAAACUUCCUUGGGUGUUCACAAAUUACUUGAACCCAAAAUAUAUGUUUAUUGAUUUAGAUUUUCGAGAAUAUUACUCUCAUAUAUAUUGUUGGUGCUUUGAUUUCACUUUUAAUUUUCUUAUAAACAAAAAAUGCAAUUCACGGGGUAUUAUAAUAGUAUUUAGUUUUUUCUUGUGAUAUUUAAAUAAGUUAUCAUUCUAAUAUAGCCUAAAACUUGUUUUGGGACAAUUCAUGUUCAUUCUAAGGAAAUUUUCUGGGCUAGUGGUUCUUUGAAUUUGACAUAAAAUUGUAAAUUUCGGGGAAAUAGAUAUGGUAAAAUGCAGUAAUGGAUAACAAACCAUGUGUUCAUAAUUUCUGUUAAUUGAGAUAUGAAAAUGCUUUUUAUGAUUUCUUUUCAUGCUACAACAUGCUAAUCAUUAAAUAGUAAUCAUAGGAGCAUUAUCCCAGAUUUUUUUAGAAUACAUUCUCUUUUAUCACUCU